UUCAUUUCAUCAAACAUCUCCACCACACUUCUUACAUUCAGACAACAAUGGCGAAACGUUUGAAGUUGAGGAUUUGCAGAGCGAUCGCCACCACUCUGCAAUCUUGCCGUUCAACUGACCCCUCCAUCCUUCCGCAAAAUCCUGUCCCUUCAUUCUCCACCCUCCGUUUCUCCCUUCCACCAGACCACAAACCCCUCCGUAGCGCCGCCGCCUUCAUUUCCGCCGGCCCCGCCACGGGUUCUCUACCGCCGCUGAAAUUCAAGUGGCAAAAGGAAGAGAAAUGGCAUGUUGUCGACGCCGAGACGGCCCACCACCACCACCACCAGCCUAAUAAACCCCGCCUCAAAAUAUACAACUCCGCCGCCGACGACCUCGCUUUAACCCCGCCGUCGCCGCCGCUGGCGUCUUCUUCCGCCGAGAGAAACAGUAGUCGCAGGAGGAAGAAGAAGAAGAAGAACAUCCCCAGCAGGCUCCGCCUCAGCACUUCCUCAGCCGACAGCGGCUGGUUCAGCAGCGAAGGCGGCGGCGCCGCUGCCGCCGCCGCCGCAGGCGGCCAAAUGGACGAGGAGGAAACCGAAACCCUCGUCUCCUCGUCGGAAUCGUCGUCGUUCAACCCUCACAGGCGGAGCAAAAGGAGAGGAGCGGUCUCCAAGACACGAACGAAGCGGGCGGCGGCGGCGGAGGGGGAGACGGCGGCGAGGCUGUCGGUGUUCAAGAAACUGAUACCGUGUACGGUGGAGGGGAAAGUGAAGGAGAGCUUCGCGGUGGUGAAGAGGUCAGACGAGCCGUACGAGGAUUUCAAGGAAUCGAUGAUGGAAAUGAUAGUGGAGAAGCAGAUGUUCGAGGAGAAAGAAUUGGAGCAGCUGCUACAGUGUUUUCUGUCGUUGAAUUCAAGGCAUUACCAUGGAAUCAUCGUUCAAGCUUUUUCCGAAAUUUGGGAGGUCAUUUUUUCACCGGCGGUGGCGGCUCCUCAACUUUCCGGUCAUCAUCUCCGACGUGUUUCUUGAUGAUAUCCUAGCUAGGCUUCCUUUUAGUGUCAAGUUAUUUCUAUAUAUGUGUAUGACUAAUGAGUAUUGAGUAUUGUGUAUAUUUCAUUUUGAUAUUAUGUCAUGUUUUUCAUUAUAAUCUAUUUGAAACAUCUUAU